AUGGCAAAAAAACCAGGCAGGAAAGCCAAGGUUGCAAAGGCUAAAAAGGCCGCCGACGUGGUACCCAGCCAUACAGAAAUUGGAUCAGAAGACCUACAAAAUCACCAUAUUGAGGUACCUGUUCAGAACCUCCAAUGUAAUAUCAAUGUUCCCAUCACUGAAAGUCAACCACAAGGACUACCUUGCGAACUGUCAUCUAUGGCCAUUAAUUCUCAAGAAAACUUUAAUAGUAUUAAUCCCGAUCAAAUAUCGAACACCGAUGCAGAAAAUCAAAUGAAAAUCACGGACCACGCGAAUGUUUUGAGUCUAAAAGUAGAAAAUCCAUUGGCCAAAAAUGGUAUUGAAACCGAAAUUAAAGAUAGGCAGGAAAUGGGCGUUGGAGAUCGGGACACACUUCAAAAUGCACCGAAUAUAACGACUAACGACGGGCAAGCUAUUUCUGGAGCUCGAACAGAAUUAUCCACACCCUUGUGUAAACUUGAAGACCUUUACUCUGAACGAGUAACGAGUAAAUAUGUGAACUUGGAAUCUGUAAAAGAUAUGAAUACGGAGGUUCAAAAAAUUAAUCAUUCGGUAAAUUUAUCCCUUCAAAAUCCAGGAUUACCUGCUGCAUCUCCUAGAGUAUCAUCAAAUAUAUCCGGAGGGCGAAUCGAGAACUUGAUGGUAGAAACCGCAUAUAUCUCUCUACAAAAUGAAGACAGCCAGUUUUCCGCCCCACUCAGCACUGAGGUUAAAGGAUUACCAGCUGACGACAUGAACGAGUUCAAUAAAGUUUCUACCUCGAAUAACGAAGCUUCUCACCCCUCAAAGUCUCAAACAAGUGAAGAGAUUCUGCUCGAAGCGCAAAGAAUAGAGAUUCUCCAGUCUGCUAACAACCUUGAUGAAGUGGCUACUAAGGACAAACACAAAAGCUCUCACAUUUUCCAAGAGGAUAAUAAUAUCCUUGACUCAAGAGUCAAAGUGGAAGAUCGAAGAAAACACAAUGAAAAUUCAUCUCCCGAGUCGACAGCCCCCGAACUUGAUGCUCAGUGUUAUUCCUACCCGUCAACCGAAAUACUGAAAGUAGAAAACUUUCCUACUUUCCCUAAGGAUUUUUCUACACCAAAUAUAGACUGUACUCACAACUUGGCAGAAAAAGUUUCUCAAGCAAUUUGGACCGAGUCCAAGGAGAUAGCCAAAAUGGUGACAAAGGAAGCCGUAUCUCAAGCUUAUAAUAGUCAUGGAAGCGGGGACUUGUUCGAUUUUCCAAAGCACCUACUUGAGUCAGCCAGCGCAGAGCUUACAUGUAGUGCUACAAAUCUGGUCGAAUAUAUGAAGAAAUCUCAUGAGCCGAUGAAAGAGAGUAUCAAAGAAACCGCUGUUGGUAAUGAAUCUAAUUCGACUCCGCACAGUAGUAAAUCAAAUAUCACGGAUCAAGGACAAGAAGGAGACUCAGGAAAAAAGCAGGAUUCCAGAGAAACACCCGUUAGAAACACACUAAAAAUAUCCCCUGAUAUAUCUAGUUUAAUAUCAGAAAAUGUGAUGAACGCGUUGGAACCAGAUAAAAUUCCCAACCAAAGUAUGGGAACUGGACUUGACGAACUUACCCCACAAGCAAAACUCAAUGUAAAAGAUGAUAUCAAAUUAUCUGAUGAGCCAAACGAACUAAGGCCUAAGAUUACUUCUAAGAUUCGCCUCACUUCACAUUCCUUGCUACCAUAUGCAGAGAGAGACAAUUCCGAUUCUGAAACAUGUCAUUUCAAUUCUUUUGUAGAUGAUGAUGAGCCUAUCAAUCCAAGAAUGCCAACUACAGCUCACAGAGCCCAGGAUGAUGUUCUCGGAGAGAAAUACACCAGCAAGAAAAAUUUCGACCAAACAGCCUCUUGCUUAACGGAAGAUACUAAACUUGUUCCCUCAGUAAAUGGCAUUGGCAUCAUCGAAGAUUGUACAUGUGAAGUACCUAAGGCUCAAGAACCCGUUGAAGAGACGAAUUUCAAGAAUGUAGCCCCUGAUGACAAUAAUUGCAGCUCGUAUCAGAUCGAAACUGGACUUGGAACGAUGGCCUCUAGGAUUUUACAGACUGACUAUGCACCAAAUGUAUCCGAAACAGAGCCCAAAGAUGCCGAUUACGAACGCCAUAAUCCUAAAGGAGUAGUUAGAUCUGGACUCACUAAGUUUAUGGCAGGUAAUUCGAUGCAGAUAGAUGAAGCACAUAAUCAGAAUAAAAUUCCGACAACUCUUUCAUGUUCUGUAAGCAAGGAUCAGGUGCCGGAAAGCAGAAUAAAAGAGACAACCACAAUCCUGACAGAAUCAAAAAUUCAGGCUGUGGAGCAGGCCCCAGAUAUGGAGCUAGUAACUAUGUCUAAACAAUCACUUGAUGAAUUGCAUCAGAGGCUCAAUGAUAUGCAAAAAGAAAUUCAAAAUUUGACGGCAGUUAUUACCAGCCAAUCUUCAAAUACCAAUUCAAUGGAAGCAAGUCUUGUUGUAUCAGCUCCUGACCAACUUUACCAAUCAACCCCUGAAACAACAUCCAAUUCGACGUCUGAUAAGGCUACAACAGUUGAAAUUGAGUCUGCCAAUGAAACCAAGAUACUAUCCCCUACCAAACGCAACGGGAUUUGGGACAUGUUUUGGCCGUUUAGUAAUGCUAGUAGUGAGAACCGUAUCAAAUCUAUCUCAGGAACAAGAAAUACAUCUCAGAGCAUGCUAUCUCAACAGGUAGAUAGGAACAGGACCAACUGCCUUGCAAGCCCACCAGUAAAGUAUAAGGUUAUUGGAAGAGUAGGAGCAAAACACGACAGGCCUAUCAAUCCACGGUAA